CAGACUUAGGAACCACGACGAACGAGAAGGUUACAGUAAAAGAGUUUCGCUCUCGGCUUGAUAUCUAGGUGACGUGCCCCUCAAGUUCUCUGAAUCGAUCAUCAUCAUCAAUCAGCCAAUCGCCAUGUCCAUGAUCUCCUGGAAACUCCUCUUCGCGGUUUCGUGCCUCCUGUCUCUCCUGAGGUUUUGUUCGGCGGUCCAAACGUGCGAAUCACGCGUCUUCUCCGGCGGCAGAACCUUCCGUACAUGCAGCGAUCUUCCUGUCCUGGAUUCCUUCAUUCACUUCAGUUAUGUCCAGGAGACAGGCCUUCUCGAUGUGGCCUACAGACAUGCGAAGAUGGAGCCGUCGAGCUGGGUGUCAUGGGCCAUCAACCCUCGAGGCCAUGGCAUGUCGGGCGCUCAGUCGCUCGUCGCUUACAGAAACUCAACCACCGGACUGAUGCGUGCUUAUACCUCUCCCAUCACCUCCUAUUCCACCAUCCUUCAAGAAGGGCCUCUCAGUUUCAACGUCAACAACAUCUCCGCCGAGUAUUCUUCUGACAACGAGAUGACGAUAUUCGCCACUCUUGUUCUGCCUCCCAACACAACGGUGGUCAACCAUCUCUGGCAAGACGGUCCUGUCCUGGAAGGAGGGAGACUUGGGAUGCACGCAAUGGGAGGAGAUCAUCUCAAAUCCAUGGGGACUUUGGACCUUCUGUCAGGCAGAGCCGUCGCCUCAAAGGGAGGAGGUCCCAGCACGUACAUGUCGCGUGUGAAGAACGCCCACGGCAUCAUCAACACAGUGAGCUGGGGAUUUCUCAUGCCUUUGGGUGGAUUGGCGGCCAGAUACAUGAAGGCUUACGACACGUUAGAUCCGAUGUGGUUCUACACUCACGUCAUCUGUCAAUCCCUCGGUUACUUCAUCGGCCUUUCCGGUGGGCUUGGAACCGCAAUCAUCAUGUGGAGAUCCACCGGAUUUAGGUUCGGUCUGCAUUCCAUCAUAGGAGUGGUGCUAUUCAUACUAGGGUUCUUGCAGAUUCUUGCGCUGAAAGCAAGACCGGACAAGGAUCACAAGUACAGAAGAUACUGGAACUGGUACCACCACACGGUCGGAUACGUCGUCAUAGGGCUCAGCAUCUACAACAUCUACAAAGGUCUGGCUAUCUUGCAACCGGCGAACACGUGGAAGAUCGUCUACACGGUCGCGAUAGGGUUCGUGGGGGUGGUAGCGAUCGUGAUGGAGAUUGUGCAGUUCAAGAAGCAAUGGGGCUGGAUCUUCUGCCGAGGAUCUAAUGGAAAAGAAGCUGAUGGAGUCUAAUGAGAAGAAUGCUUUUCCAAAGUUGUUCUGUCUCCUUUGGUAGACUUCGGAUCUUUUUUGAAGUUUAAUCUUUUGUAUUUAGUCGUUGAAGAUAUUCGUGGCGAUGGAUAUUUUGUUAAACUGUUGUUUUAUGAAUUAAAAAUUAUGUUUCUGAUUAGAUAAUAUUCUUCACCAUAACCUCAAGAACAUAAAACGAAUCUGAAUCUAAGUUUGGACAAAAACAAAAAGCUGGAAGAUAUGAGAGUUUGGUGGGCAGACACAUUUAAAAUUCUGUGAAGACAGAACAGAGAACCCUAAUCCUGAUCCCCAAACAAAAAAAAAAA